AUGAGCGCCCGCCAAUCUUUUGUUCCUCGUUCAGCAUCUCGUGCUUCUGCCCAUGCAGACACUGAACACCCGUUUGAUAUGCCGCUCCGUAACCAAAAUUCCCUAGGCCAGCCCCAACGUACUGGCAGUAUCCAGAAUGCACCUGAAUCAAUGCAACCAAAAACGGACUCAGAGAAGAAGGCUCGCUUUGCAGGGAUAUUCGGAAAGCACAAACUCGCUGGCAAACCUGGCUCCGGAGAUCAUCAAGUAGCCAUAGACGCGUCGUUAUCUAGCGUGUCUGGGCGUUUCAGCGGGAUAUAUCGCCCUGAUAUACAAUCAUUAGCCCCCCAACACAGGUCUAGCUCUCCAUUACGUGGAAAAGGCUCGCCUUUCGUUCCAUCAUCCAAUCCUGGCAUAUCCUUUGCUCGACCCACGUCACCUAUCGCAAAUUCUGCAUCCCACAGAGGAGAUUUGACUAUAUCUGGUCUCAAAGACGCGCAUAUAUCCACUGCGGGUGUCGUCUCAGGGUUGAUCUCUACUUCUCGUGUCAUUGCAGCGCCUAUCCCAAGCUAUGGGUCUAUUCACGGUGGCGAGCACGAUGAUGAACACACAUUCAGCUCCAACAAAUCUUCUCUAGCCAAGUUGCAGCCCGGGCAACUCCUAGAGAGAAUCCAUGAAGACGUCGAGCCAGAGACAGCAAACGGGGACGAAGCGCUACUUGACACUCGCAGGACAAACGUUGCCGCUCAUCCCAUGUUACGCAGGGUGAAGCGCACUAUCCAAGGCACUCAGGAGGACGAGGGCGAUUUCUCACCCCCUGAUGAGAUUGAAUAUAUGGGUAGAGUCAAACGGGUCAGGAUCGACGAGUUUCCCCAUGAAUUGUCAGAUGGCCGUGCUGACGCCAGUAGCCACUCCGGCGUCGACCACACUCGACUGCAACCUGAUCUUGAUGACGAUACGGUUCGUCAAUCUUCACCUCCCACGGGCCAACCUGGCGCGGGUGCCGCGGAGGAAAUAUCUCUUGAUGGCUUGUUCGCAAACAUGGAUACGUUCCUGAAUGUGGAGACUUUCAUGGGCCUUGUUCAGAAGUGGUCCACCUGCUCGAGGGAAGAGUGGCUUCAAGGCUCUGAAGAAAUUGUUAACCAGUUUAAAGAUAUCAUUGACUCCGUCAAGGAGAACCUCACAGCCAACGUCAGUCUUUACUCCCGUCUGGACGACCAAGUGCGCGAUCGCCGUGAGGAACAGGCUCAGCUCACCGAACAUUUAAGGCGAGGAUUGGGAUCGGCCAGGACAGAUCUGAUCGCUAUUUGCCGGGGGAAGUAA